CGGCUUCAAAUUCCUCCCUUCCCCGCUAAGCAAUUCUCCUCCUCCCUCCCCUCUCGCCGUCUCAAACCGGCGGCCAGCGGAACGGAACAAGCACAAAAGAUACCACGACCACCACCUCCACAGAUCACCCACUCCGCGAUCCACACGGUCACACACACCGUGACAGCAGCAUCGGUGCGUCGAGAGGAAUUGAUACACCGCAGACAAAGCCGAGAGGCAGAGCCCAAGUUUUUAUUUGGAGCAGGCAGAGCAUCGACCGCUGCACCUGCACGCACCCCCGCACCACUACGACGAAGCGGAAAGCAGCGAUCGCGGCGGCAAAAGCCAAAAGCUUAAAAGAGGCGGCGCGUCACGUUGGGCGCCUCUCCUUCCUUCCUUCCUUCCUUCCUUCUUUCCCCCCUUUUCGCUUCUUGAUUGAUCGAAUCGAUGGCAGCGCAGCAGCAGGCCGCCUACUCCGUGCUGCACAGCUUCCCGUUCAGGGCGGCCGUGCUCGCGCUCUGCGUCGCGCUGCUGCCGAUGCUCCCCGCGCAGGCGCCCGACGUCGGGGCCGGGGGAGGAGCCGGCCAGGCGUUCCUCGCCAAGGCGUGGGAGCUGCUGCACCUGCUCUUCGUUGGCAUCGCCGUCUCGUACGGUCUCUUCAGCCGCAAGAACAGCGCCGACGACGAUGGACGCGCCGGGGCUGCCGCCGCUGCAGCUGCAGCAGAGAAGAACGCUGCUGUCUCGGGGCCGGAACCUGCAGCCAAGGCGGACGCGAGGUACGCGUGGCGGAUGUUCAGGGACUCCAUCGCGCCGUUCGAUGAUGAUGACGACGACGACGACGACGACGACGACGACGUGCUGGUGCCGGACAGCCCUCCCGGUGGUGGUGGCGGCGGCGGCGGCGGCGGCGGGAGUGGCAGGGCAAGCUCGUGGAGCGCGCUGCACCGGUCCACGGAUCCCGUCGUCGUCGUGUCCACUGGAGGCGGCGGGGUUCGGAUCGGGCAGGCCGCGGACGCGCAGGCGCCGCUGUCGCUGCCGGUCCGGACGCUGAAGCCGCAGGCGGCACAGGACGGCGACGCGCGGGAUGCCGAGACGCCGCGCGCGCGGCCGCGUCGGAGCUCUCGGGACUCGGCGGCCGGCAGCGCCCGCGACGAGACCGUGCUCCCUUCGCCGAUCCCGUGGCGGUCGCGGUCUGGGAGGCUCGACGCGCCCCGACCCGCGUCGCCGAGCCCCUCGCCGUCGCCGAAGAGGCUGUCCCCGGCGUCAUCCUUGUCCAUGGAGACGGCCAAGGCCAGCGAGGAGGAGUACUACGCCAAGGCCAGCGAGGAGGAGUACUACGCCAAGGCCAAGAGGAGGAGCCCGUACAGGUCCUCUUCCAUCUCCUCCUCACCGCCGGCGCCGCCUCCGCCUCCGCCUCCGUUCCUCGUCCACGGUUACCACCCGGCGACCGAGCGUCGGACGGCGGCACCGAAAAGCUUUAAGGAGGAGCUGGAGCGCCACAGCAUGAGAGGCCGAGGAGAAGAUCACUACUCGCCGAGGACGAGCAGCGUCAGCAUCUCUGCUUACAACAGCAGCAACUCGUCGUCGGCGAAGCCAAGAAGCUCUUUUGAUGGCGGCUCCUCCUCGUCGGUUUCGGUUGGCAAGUCAGUGAGAACGUUCAGGGCAAGGGAGCCAGCAGUUUUUCAAGACCAACAAAGCCAACAACUGCCUGACGACGCCGGUGAUGGUCGUGACGCGCUAGACGUGCACGGAUCAGAGGAGCCGUACGGCUACAGAGCUUACCAAUCCAUUCCCAGGUUCCAGUACGAGAGAUCAGGGAGCGACCCUAUCCUGGGCGGUGUGGCAGUCUCCUCGGAUGAGACCGAGAGCAGCGACGACGAUGAUGACGGCGACGGCGGCGGCGGCGGGUAUUCGACGAGGGAGUCGACGCCGGAGGUGGACGAGAACGAGGUGGACAAGAAGGCGGAGGAGUUCAUCGCCAGGUUCAGGGAGCAGAUCAGGAGGCAGAGAAUCGAGUCCAUAAAGAAGUCCGCGGGGCCGCGCGGCGUCAAGCACCACGGCAAGUAGCUCGCCGGCCGGCCGGCUGUUAUGCUUUACUCUAGUUUUUAAGUAAACUAGUUGGGGCCCAGAAGCUAGAGACGCUGCAUAUGAUAGUUGCCAACCACUUGUAAACAUUAACACAUUCAUGUAGGUGAUGAUGAUGAAUGCGAGUGUAUUUUCAUGCAAACUGUAAUUGCAUUUUUCGGCUAAGAGAGAUCGAUCGACUUCAGCGGUUAA